AUGCCGCAACUGCCUGCUGCUCUUAAAUUUCGGACGUCCUCUCUUAUCCCACCGAAUCUCGCCAAACUUGCUCAGCGUCUCGAGCUUGCCGUUGCCGAGCUUGACGUUGGCGGACCGGAUGACGCGCACGUCGAGGGCGAGCGUCUUGCGGACCUGCUCGUUGGCCUUGAUGCCGCAGUCGUAGCGCAUGAUGAAGUAGUGGCCCUUUGUGUGGCGCUGCUGGCCGCGGGAGAUGGCCUGGGGGAGGGAGAAGGUGCCCCAGUUGCGGAUGUCGCGGAUGACACCCCCCUGCUGGAGGAUGAUCUUGCCGGCCGUGAGGACCAGCUCUUUUACUUCGGGGAGGUGCCCGGAGCGGACCUGGAAAAACAAGAAGGAGCUUUUUGUUAGAAAUCGGGUGGUUUGCUGGUUCUGUUUCGUUUGAAAGAGGGCUCGGCGAGGGGGGACAUACAAUGCCGAUUGUCUCGUACAACAUGGUUUGUCUCUUCUUUCCUUUGUCGUCGUCGCUCGGUUUGUCUUUCGUGGGGGAAGGAUGGUUGGCGGCGCGGGGCUGUUCGACAACCUAUUGCUCGCUCGUCGCCGCAGGUUGUUGGAGGGCGUUAUAUCAAGGGUGGCGCUGGUGACAGGUAGAAUCAAUGGCUGCUGCUGCGCUGGGAAUGAGGUGUGGGACGGGAGCUUCAACUAUCACGGUUGCGACUCCCCGGCGGUGGUUCUUGGGCUGCCCACACUCCGCUAUGAGCUCUGCCUCUGCUCCGGGAAAUUUUGACGGCAAGUUCCGAUUGUGGGUUUCCUGCCGCAUGGCAUUCCUUGGCGCAAGGCAAGGCUACACAGCCCCGUGGAGAAGGCUGCCAAAACUUGGUGUCUUAUAUAACGGAAUUUUCUUUGGUGUGAGCUCCCAAGACUUCUUCAAAUCGAAACGGCUUAAAUCAAGCAUUCAUACCACAUCACCAACUCACCAUCCCGCCAAAGUUUCAGGGUUAUUCAGGUCAACAAUCAUGGUCGUGUCAAUAGAUGCCAGAUGACUCACAAGCAACUACAUUAAAGCCGCUCUAGAAAGUAGCACUACCAACUUCAUUAAAGAUAAAACUUCCAAAACCAUCGGAUCCGCAUUUGCUCUCCCAAUUUCCGCACUCAUUCCCGUUGUAUUGUACAAGUAUUCGAAACCUAUACCACCACAGACUCCCUACAGCAGUUCCCACUUUUUGUUGCUAGUCGCACCUCUUUCCUUCCACAGUCCACUCCAACAAAAGAAACGGCGCCUCGCGAUUCCCGAAGCUUGCUACAGCUUAUAUACGCAAAGAAACGAAACGGGCCAACAUUGCAAAGAGCAAACAGAAAGCAAACCAAGGAAACGUUGCCAGUAGGCAACUUAGUUGUACCCCACAACCCCUCACUCUGCUCGGUAAACUCAAACACGUUUUUGUUGGUCCCCUCUGGCGAACCAGCUUGUCUCACAGGCAGCAGCUCUGUGGUACAACUUGUCCUGCAGAUCUGGGGCUUUCAAAAGGAGAAGCCAGACUCCCUCACAAAUGUGCUGGGAACAUGGUAUGAAGAGACUCGUCCACCAGUGAGAAUGCUAGUCCGAAUCGCGGUCUUGGCCGGGCAUGUCAAAGGCUGGCUUCAAGUUCUCCCACGCACCGUCGACAUAUUCCCUACCCAAAACCUGUCAGUAUUGGUUAUGCGUCAAAGAUAAAAGAAACACCAGCGCACUCACUUAUUACUCCUCACGAUCCUCACCCCCCUCUGGUGCAUAAACUCCAAAAAUCUCUUCUUUGUCCGAUCACGCUUGAACUCGGCGAGCAUGUCUCCCUUUUUGGGUUGCAGAUGCGCCUUGCGCCGAAUGAUCACCCUGUGGCUGCCUGGGCCGUAGACAAUCUCCUCGCAGUCCACAGUCCGGAGAUGGAAGUUGUACGGCUCCUUGAACACGGCCCACUUGGGGGGGCGGAGCUGUUUGAGCACUUGGUGUUCGCAGUAGCCGGGGUGCGCGUCGUCCACCCAGUGCCAGUAUUGAGUCACCCCCGGAUUCGUCGAUACCUCGGCCGUCUUGAUUUGAUUCACCCGCCAGUCAAUCUGCUCGAGCCGGUCAUCGGAACAAGAGUCUACAUCGGUGAAUCCGUGGUAGUAGAGGUCCGGCGUGUUGCUUGGAUCUACAGUGGACGUAACGCGGAUCUUUUUCUUUGCCUGCGGCGGCGGGGGGGUGGCAUUGGCUGCCCGGAUCAGAGGCAUGCCCUCGUCGUCCGAGUCGGCUAUAGGAGCAGAAGGGGGGUUCCCAGAUCGCGAACGUGGCCUUGGUUUGUGAUCAAGUCCUGCUGGCUUUCGAGGGGAUGAACGUGGGCGAGGCUCCGGCUGCUGCGGCUGAAGUUGCUGCGGUUCAGGUUCAGGUUCUGCAUCCUCCUGUUUGGGCGGGAUUGGCGCUGCCUUGGGCGUUGCGUGUGGUUCCUUCCGCUUCAACGCCCUUGGCGUAAGUUUCGAACCGUUGUCCUCCUGCCCAGGAGUCUGAGUUUUAGGCUUGGUUGCUGACUUGUGCGGGCGACCAACACUGACAAUUCCAUUCUUGGCCCGGACCUGGGCGUGCUUGGGGU